AGCCCUCUUGCUCGAUGAUUGGUCCAGUUCUGUGCAAAUGAUGACCUAGAAACCAAUCAAAACGCAAAAAACUGAUGCAGUAAGCCAAUCACACGGGAUUUGUCGGGAUACGGGUAGGAAACAAAAUACUGCACACAUGAGUGUUGAAGGAAGCCCUGUGUUCACCUUGUAGCUAAUAUGCUAAUAUGCACUUUCUGUCAUUGUGCUUUUUAGUAUGUUUAGGUAAUUUUUUUUAUUUAACACUAUGAGUAAGUUUAUCGUCCCUACAUCUAUAUUCGGGACUGUUUUUGGCUGCGCUGUGUUGCUUAAGAAUCAUGUGACCGGAGGCCAAUGUCCCAGUCAAGCAAAGAUCACUGGUAAGACGGUGGUCAUAACUGGGGCCAACACAGGGAUUGGAAAAGAAACAGCCAGAGAGCUUGCCAAGAGAGGAGGAAGGAUUAUUAUGGGCUGUCGGGACAUGGAAAAGUGUGAAGCGGCAGCCCGUGACAUCAGAGGUUCCACACUUAACCCUCACGUCUAUGCUCGGCACAUCGACCUGGCUUCCAUCAAAUCAAUACAGAGCUUUGUUGAGCAGAUUACCCAGGAGGAGAAGAGAGUAGAUGUCCUGAUAAACAACGCUGCUGUGAUGAGGUGUCCUCCAGGAAAGACUGAAGAUGGCUUUGACAUGCAGUUUGGAGUCAACUACCUCGGCCAUUUUCUUUUGACCAAUCUGCUGCUGGAUAAGCUAAAACACUCCACCCCCAGCCGGGUAAUAAACCUGUCGUCAUUGGUGCACAUCAUCGGUGAGAUCGACUUUGAGGACUUAAACUGGAACCAAAAAAAGUUUGAUACAAAGAAAGCGUACUGUCAGAGCAAACUCGCUAUCAUCCUCUUUACACGAGAACUUGCUCGCAGACUUGAGGGUACAGGGGUCACGGUAAAUGCUCUGCACCCUGGAGUUGUUGCCACAGAUCUGGGUAGACACACAGGCAUGCACCAGUCUCAGUUCUCCAGCACCAUACUCAGUCCUUUUUUCUACUUGCUGAUAAAGUCACCUGAGCUUGGUGCUCAGCCCAGCAUCUACCUGGCUGUUGCUGAGGAGCUGGAGGGCGUAACUGGACGUUAUUAUGAUGUUAUGAAGGAGAAGGAACCCGCCCCUCAGGCUCUGGAUCAGGAAAUUGCAGUGAAACUCUGGGACAUCAGUGCAUCACUUGUGGGCUUAAAAAACACCAUUUCAGUUCCAAGGUCUUCUUCCGAGAGUAUAACACACAAUUCACUUGAACAGACUCAGACCUUUCCCACAUAGCUUGCUGCCAUGUUAAAAGCGUGAGUUUGACAUGUUUGCCAUUAGCAAAAUUUUCAUCCCAUAAACCAGGCCGUCCAGUUAUAUCUGCACAGGGCCAGUUUGGCUGCAGGUUUUUAUUCCAACCAAAUAAUAUUAAACAGUAAUUUAAGAAGAAGACUCCAACUGCGUUCACAUUAACUUGGAUCAUACGACUGAACACGUUGGUAUGCAAAAAACACUGGCCUGUUUCGGAUUAGAUUGGCAGCCUCUGCCGUACGCUUAUUCAGCUGAAUUUGGAUUGACACAGUCAAACUGUUAAUGGACAGAUUUGCAUUGGGUUUCUUUAUUAAGGUGUCAUCCUUAAGGUCUGCACGUGGUGCUUGAAAUGUAAACACUUUAAUUUUUUUGUAUUAAUAAAAAUUAUUUAAUGUAUAAAUGCUAUAAAAUGCAACAAAAUGUAUUUAAU